AGCGCGUAGGGGGAUUUUGUUGUAGCCUCUCGUGCUAUUCGUAAGUGUUCACUGGCGUUUUCAUACGCGCUAAUCUGACAACCAAGUGGAUGUGGCCUCACAUGCUCUGCAUGAGGUUAUAAAUCGAUGCUUUUAUUCAGGUCACCGUCGUAGCACCAAGCUGACACUCGUCAACAAGCCUGCGCCCAAUGUUUACUUCUCCGGCAUGUCUUCCAGGGGAGGGUAUCCUAACGCUUUGUUGUAGUGAAAAUGGUUUAAUAGUGAGUACACUGAGUAGCCAUCAUGUUUAUUCGACAUAUAUUGAAAAUGGUUUGCGAAUAAUGCACCAGCUACCUGCAGUUUGAACAGUUGGACAGCUUCUUCUCUCGGGAAACGAGCUGUUAUCGACAGCUGCGGGUCCUCUCCGGCUCCAUGAUGGCGAUGUUUCGGAGCUUUGUCUCAGCGAGCACCCAGCUCCGCCAGCAGCAGCAGCAGCAGCAGCCGCCCACCAGCGGCUCCUGCUCACCGGCAUCCCCGGCUGAGGGCAUCGAGAGCCAGUUCUCAUGUCCCAUCUGCCUCGAGGUCUACCAUAAACCCGUCAGCAUCGCCAGCUGUGCUCACACGUUUUGUGGGGAGUGUCUGCAGCCAUGUCUUCAGGUGACCUCACCCCUCUGCCCUCUGUGUCGUGUGCCCUUUGAUCCCAAGAAAGUGGAGCGCUCCUCCAGUGUGGAGAAGCAGCUGGCCUCAUACAAAGCACCCUGCAGGGGUUGUAACAAGAAGGUGGCUCUGGUAAAGAUGAGGUCCCAUAUUGCUUCCUGUUCCAAAGUACAGGAGCAGAUAGCCAAUUGUCCCAAGUUUGUCCCUGUGGUACCCACCUCCCAGCCUAUACCAAGCAAUAUUCCAAAUCGAUCAACAUUUGUGUGUCCAUUCUGUGGGGCCAGAAACCUGGAUCAGCAGGAACUGGUGAAGCACUGUAUGGACAACCACCGUAAUGACCCUAAUAAAGUGGUGUGUCCGGUGUGUUCAGCCAUGCCGUGGGGAGACCCCAGCUAUAAGAGCUCCAACUUCCUCCAGCAUCUCCUCCACAGACACAAGUUCUCCUAUGACACCUUUGUUGACUACAGCAUUGAUGAAGAGGCAGCACUGCGGGCAGCUCUGGCACUGUCACUGGCUGAAAACUGACAUGUCACACCACCACUAUCCCGUCACUGUUAUCACAAACUCCACCAUAACAGCUCUGUACCUGAUCCCACCUCACGGCUGCUGUUCCUCCCUGGCUUUCAAGGUAUCAUCGACCCAACGUGACCCAGCCAAGUUCACACACUGUCUGCAGGGAUCCACACAACAUAGAAGUCCAGCCAGCAUGAGAUUAUGUUCUUUUUACUCAAAGACUGGCUCUAUUCUUUAUUCUAGUUUGCUUUGUUAGAGAACUUAGGCAGUUUGGCUUCAUUUGGAUCUGAUCAUUGAAGAAAAAAAUAACUGUUGGGUUUGCAAUGGAUUCAGUGACUAUCAACAUAAGUUAUGUUUACUUGUUUGGACCUAAACAAAACCCAUCAUCCACUGGCUAUAAAAAUGGCGACCUGCUUGGAAUCAGUCCAUCCUCUCCGAGCCUCUGUUCUCUUGUCAACUAUCAUCUGGAUCUCCACCGCAUGGUAGGCUACCUUCAUGGAAAUUAGUUUUAAACUACCUGAAACUCUCAGGAGUGAUUCAGGUCCCUGACCACUAGUAUCUUGCUACAAAGUCCAGACUGACUGCUGCUACUCACUCUGAGUGACUUUGUUUAUGUUCAGUCUGAGAAACAUUGAGCAGGAGCGCAGGCUCCAGUUUCUUCUACUGAGAAGUCUGCAGUGAUAAAGUUUGGACAUGCAAAUUUUCUUUAAGACAGAAAAAUAACAUUUCAUAAUUUCAAAAUCAUACUGUCUUCUCCUCCCAUACUCUUGCCUCAAAGUAUCUGGUAGAACAGACAAACGAAGGGAAUUUCCCUGUUUGUGCUUGCCAGCUUUGCAUGUACUGCUGUACCACACUGUUGUGUUACUGAAGGCCUCUGUCUCUGUUGUUUCUCUUGCUUGCUCCCUCUCCCUUCAAAAUAAUAUUUCACUACUGAAUAAAAAAUAAUGAUCUGAAAAUCAAUUAAAUUACGUAAUAUUGCCAGUUAGGGCAGACUCAAGCCCAGUUUAUACUUCCUACAUCUGCCUGAUAGAAAGUCAAAGAGGGUCUGCAUGUACAGUCUGUGCCAACGUACAUAUUCACUCAGCUGGCAAUUUAUUAGGAACACCAGCUAAACUUAAGUCCAGUCUAAAUCAGAAGAACAGUAAUAACUCCUUCUUAAUGAAGAUUUAAAUGUUCAAUUUGUUAAGAAACUGUUUUUAGAGAGGUGUUGAUUCAACUGUGGAUAAACACCUCUCCGUUUUACACAAUAUCAUUUGACAACACCACAAACUCCAUCCUCCAACAACACAUUGGAGGAUUAAACAUUAGUUCUAGCUAGUUCCUCCCAAUAAAUGUCGAACUGUGUAUGCAGACACUAAAUGUAGUUCAAAGUAGUAAGAGAAAUGCAUCCACGUCCACGUCUGUUUUUGACUAUAUUAAAUCUUUUAGUCUUGUAGUGCUGAGUGUAGUGUAGUCAUCUCUGCUUUAACUGGAAGCUUAUGCAUAUAUGUAGAAAAAAGAAGUAAAAAAUGCCUUAUAUCAGUGUAGAGAGUUCACUUGUCACAUUCAUGUGAUUGGUCAGUCUUGAUGUUAUUUGCUAAAGGCAGGUUAGCAAACUUGGAAAGAUAAAAUUAAAAUCUAAUUUUAUUUGUAUGGCCCAUAUUCACAAAUUAUAAUUUGUCUUAUAGGGCUUAACAAUGUGCCCUUCUCUGCCCUUAAACCUCAGCAACUGGAAAAAAAGUUAACCCCCCUAACCCUAACCCAUAAAUGGAGAAGUGGUUGUUAAAGUAUUUAUACAAAAGAGAGAAAAAGAAAAGCUUUUCCAAACGGACCAGCACUGUCAGACUAAUCAGGUUUUCUAUAAUCAUUUAUUACUGUGAUUAAAAACUGAAUUCAUUACAACAUUCAUUACAACACACUUAAGUCUCUUUGACAGUGAACUGCAGCAGUUGGCAUCAAGAGCUUUAAGAAAUGUAAGGGUCCUCUAACUAGAACCAAGAAAAGUAAAGUAACCCCAAGAGCAAAAUAUGGGAGUGUUGAAUUUAGCAGUUUUUUUGUUCUGGAUUUGUACCCUCAUGGUUGAAUGCACUUAUUGUAAGUCACUUUGGAUAAAAGCGUCAGCUAAAUGAAAUGUAA